AUGGGCAUCAACCUUUAUGUGGCACGUUGCGGUGUAAUUCCAAUUAAGUCGUUGUCCUCCUGCUCCUCUUCAGAUGGCUGGCGUUCGACGGCUGAUGCGAAAAAAGAGACAGCGAAUGUGUGUGCGUCGGCAAGCACCUCUUUCUUCGUCUUCGUUCUUUCCUGUCUCGUGAUUCGUUUCUCUCGAUCGUUUUCCGACGUGCUCGUCAUCAUCGGGAACCUCAGUGUCGAAAAUGAUUUAACCCUCGCAGUGGGGACCCAUAAUUCAAGCGACGACAAUAUGUCACACAAUGGCUGGCGUCGUGAACGUCCGACACCGCACUUUGCGCAACAAUUAGCUGAUGUACGCAGACAGCGAACGUUGCACUAUUCGAUUUGUGUCUUCUCGCCGAAAAUGAUGGAUCGACUUGACUCGGGAGUGUUGGAGCCUAUUUUGAAUUAG